AUGAACAAAUAUUACAUCGAUGAACAAUGCAAUGCUAAUGACCUUAUUCCAGAAAUUAAUAGAGUAUUACUAGAAUCAUUCAAAGCAGUAAUCCUGAUGCUUCAUAAAGAAAAUAUAGAUGAUCCUUUUGUAAAAUUUCUGUUUCCUCAUAACAAGCCAGUUAUACGUCAUGACACAAAACAUGUAAUGAGCGAGGGCAAACAACCAAAUGAUAGAACUACAAAUGAAAGUAUUAACAAUCACCUUAAAGAAGAACCUCCAGAAAAAAAGAAUGAACUGUCAAUAAAAGAUGAUGGCAAAGAUUUUUUUGAUGAACUAGAUAAUAGAAAAGAAGACAAUGAAGUAGAAGAAGACAAUGAAGUAGAAGAUGAUGAUGAAGUAGAAGAAGAUGAUGAAUCAACAAAAGAAGAUGAUGAAGUAGUAAAAGAUAUUUUUGAUGAAAAUACAAUGAAAAAUUCACAUAAACUAGGAGAUGUAUUUUAUCAGUAUGAAUUAGACAAUCAUAAAAAUGACAUUUUAAAAUUUAAUGAUUCUUCUGUCAACAACUUUAAUAAAAACAAUUCUCUUGCUGUUUUCAUCCACAUAAAAGAUAGCAACAGUGUUUAUGGUGGAAUUAUUCAUAAUGACAAGUCAGUACUAUUUUGUAAAGAAAAGAAUAAAAAGACUCUCCAAAUUAAAUCAAAGGGAAAGAUAAUAAAAGGAUUUAUUAAGGCAUUUAGUAAUAAUUCUAAUCCUGACACAGAUAUACUCUUUAAAUUUAAUGAGGCGUUUGCAGUUGCUAAAACUAAAGGGUCAGAUGAAUUACAUCUUCAUUUUGAAAAGAGCAGUGAUUGUUAUGAAGGUUAUUCAAAUUUCAUAAUACUUGAAGACCAAAACACAAUUCAAAGAAUCACAGCAUAUAACUUAGACUUUUUUAUUUAUCCUUUCAUUUACUAUCAAAGAAUAAAAAAAUAA